CGGCCGCCUCCCCGCUCCCCCAGCCGCGGCGCCCGCCCGCGGAGGACCCUAUUUCGGGAGGGACGCCACAAAAUGGCGGAGCCCGGCGAGACGGAGGCGACCGGCUUCAAGCGGCCGAGCCGGCCGCCGCCAGCCGAACCGGGACCCGGUCCCGGUGCCGGUCCCGGCCCCGCACCGCCAGCCCCCCGCUACGAGGAGCCGCCGUGGGGCUGCCGCCCUCCGGCCGGCGCCGGCUACGGGCUGGAGGUGCUGAAGGGCGGCGUGGUGCUGGGCUCGGUGCGGCUGGAGGGCGGCAGCUGGUUCCUGGCGGGGCGGCUGCCCGGCUGCGCCCUGGCCCUGGAGCACCCGUCGGUGUCGCGGCACCACGCCGUGCUGCAGUACCGCGGGCCCGGCAGCUCCCCCGACGGCUCCGACGCCGCCGGUUUCUACGUCUACGACCUGGGCAGCACCCACGGCACCUUCCUCAACAAGGCGAGGGUGCCGCCGCGCACCUACUGCCGGGUGCGGGUGGGCCACGGGCUCCGCUUCGGCGGCAGCUCCCGCCUCUUCCUGCUGCAGGGACCCGAGGAGGACCAGGAGUCCGAGUCGGAGCUGACCGUGACUCAGCUGAAGGCACUGCGCAAGCAGCAGCAAGCGAAACUAGAAAAGACGAUGUUGGGAGAGGACUCUGACGAGGAAGAUGACAAAGAGGAGAGAAGAAACGAGAGCAGUCAGAACACCGAUAUGAGCUGCUCGUGGGGAAUGGGGGAGGAUGCUGAGGAGGAUGAGGCUGAAGAAAACCCUAUUGCUAUUGAAUUUCAGGACGUACAAGAUGCCUUCUAUAUGAAGGACCCUAGGAAGGCCCUACAGGGCUUUUUUGACAGAGAAGGAGAAGAGUUAGAAUAUGAAUAUGAUGAUCGUGGGCACAAUAGCUGGCUAUGCAGGGUCAAGUUGCCUGUGGAUGAUGCAUCAGGGAAGCAGCUGGUGGCAGAGGUUCUCCAUUCAGGAAAGAAGAAAGAAGCAAUGGUACAGUGUGCACUGGAAGCUUGCAGAUUACUGGAUGCUAGGGGAGUGCUGAGGCAAGAAGCAGUAUCUCGAAAAAGGAAAUCAAAGAAUUGGGAAGAUGAGGACUUCUAUGACAGUGACGAUGACACCUUCCUUGAUCGAACUGGUGCUGUAGAAAAGAAGCGACUGAAUAGAAUGAAGAAAGCUGGUAAAAUAGAAGAAAAACCAGAAACUUAUGACUCCCUGGUCGCAAAGCUAAAGGAAUCUGAAAAUGAGCUUCUUGAGAUAACAGAAAAGCUGAAGGCUUCAGGGAAAGUCCAGUCCCAGCCAGCAGCUCAAGAUUCUUUGGAUGAAUUCAUGACCGAAAUAAAGUCAGGGUGCACCUUAGACAACGUGACUCGAAAGAAACUUCACUUGCGAUCGUUUGAACUGAGGAAAGAGCAGCAGAGACUGAAAGGGUUAAUAAAGCUUGUCAAGCCUACAGAACUGCCUGAGCUGAAGCCCCCGAGUGGGAGUUACAGUCUGGAAGCAGACAGCAAGCCAAAAAAGAUUGCCCUGCCUCUCUUCGGCGCAAUGAAAGGGGGGAGCAAAUUCAAGCUGAAAACUGGAAGCCUAGGGAAAUUGCCUGAUAAGCGUCCAGUUAUCCCUGAAAACUUGUUAAAAAUGAAAGAUGAUGGACCAGAGGAAGAGGAGGAGGAAGAAGAGGAAGAAAUGGAGGAGGAGCAGGGAGUAGAUGCAGUAAACAGCAGAACAUCAGAUGUGGAAAUGAAAAUAACAACAGAGGAAGAAACAGGAGAAGAAGUUAAUGAUCCCAAUGGUUCUACUUGCAAUAAUGAGAAGCUAGAAUCCCUUCAGGAUGGGGUUAAUAUUCUGCCUGAGCCAAAGAUAUUAAGAAAUAAAUCUCAGAUGGGACCCUCGCUAGAGAAAUCUCAAGCAUCUGAGGCAUUGUGCAAGGAACCUGAAGAGACAUCCGAGAAAGCUAAGAAAACUAAUAGCUCAAGCAAGGUCCAACCACCUUUUUUUUCUUCACAUUACCCAGAUGAUGACCCAGACUACUGCAUGUGGGUUCCUCCUGCAGGUCAGAGCGGUGAUGGCAAGACUCAUCUCAACGAAAAGUAUGGCUACUAAGCUUCAAGCUCCAGAAAGCAGAUCUGAGGUUUGAAGGACUGCUCUGCUUCGGACUCUUUAUUGAGUCCACUCGUUAUUGAGGGAUAAAAGAGAUGUUUUUUUCAGACCCAAUUCCAGCCAUGCUGGCUGUUAGCUAUCCCUGUGUGUCCUCUGUUGCUUGUAUUCCAAAUACAUUUUUAAAGAUUCCUGAGCUCACGCAUUCUUCUUUCUCUUUCUUCUGCUAUUAGCCUUGUUCUUUUUUUGUUUAGUGUGAAACCACAGACUUGUUUAUCCUUUUGUAAAUAAAAAUAUAAAAAGUA